AUGGAGGCAACCACCGCGACAGUGGCAUCGUGUGGCUGUUCGAUCUGCGAAGUGUUUAGUAACACGAGCGACGACCUUUCCACGGCACCCCAUCGCAAACCACUGGACGCUGGUCGCCGCAUGCUGCACAACCUCUAUGACAAUGGGCUCAACCUGACCGAAGAGGACGAGAACAAGGUGUACGAAAAGCUCAUCUCUCUUGCCGAGAAAGAUGGCUUGCAAGAUCUCAAGCAGACCCUCGAGCAUCUCUACGAGAGCUGCGAUUAA